AUGGGUAAACUCUAUGAUUUGCGAGUUUUGGUGUGGGGUGAGCCUGCAGAAACUGCCGCAGAACGAAAGCUUGUGCGAAAAAUCGACUUUUUCAUUCUGACAUACUGCUGUCUUUCAUUCUUUUUCAACUACCUAGACCGUGCAGCACUAGCGAAUGCAUAUGUGUCUGGUCUCAAAGAGGAUGUGGGACUCGUAGGGAAUCAGUAUAAUGAUCUUGUUACCUGCUUGUCAGUUGGCUAUAUCAUUGGACAGGUUCCUCACGCUUUAGCCAUCCAAGUAGUUGCACCGCGCAUCUGGUUUCCCCUCAUGACGCUAAUAUGGGCCGGUCUCACAAUGUGUACUGCUGCCACGCAUAACUUUACGCAACUAGCGGCACUACGAUUCUUCCAAGGCAUGAUCGAAGCCUCGACAUACAGCGGCACACAAUACAUAAUCGGAUCGUGGUACAAACCGCAAGAGGUCGGCAAGCGUAUUGGUCUUUUCGCUGCUUCUGGUAUGGCUGGGACUAUGUUUGCUGGCCUGAUGAUGACUGCCAUCUACAAGACCAUGAAUGGCCAUGCAGGCUUACCAGGGUGGAAGUGGGUUUUCAUCAUUGACGGUAUCAUCACGCUGCCAAUUGCAAUCUUUGGAUUUUUUUCUUUCCCUGAUCUUCCCGAGACUACAAAGGCACCAUACUUUUCAGUAGAGGAGAAAGCUCUUGCACUUAGCAGGCUACCGCCCAAGAACCCUGAAGGUCACAAGAUUGGAUUCUCAAUCAUCAAGAGAGUUCUAUUGAACCUGAAUUUUUGGAUAUUUACCUUAUUCUGGGUUAUUGGCGGCGCUCUUGAGGCGUUCAACACCCAAAGCUGCAUGCUACUAUGGAUGAAAUCAACCAAAAAAUUCACAGUUCCCCAGAACAACGACUAUCCUCUAGGCCUCUACGCCAUCGGAAUUGUGCUCACACUCCUCACAUCCAUCGCGAUUGAUGCCACCGGAAAGCACGCACCGUGGGGUAUUAUCACCUGCGUGCUUCAGAUCGUUGCUUGCAUCAUUCUGCUGUGCUGGGAACACAUUGGCAAUGGAGCAAAAAUGGGCGCUUACUUGUACGUUCAAGAUCUCGCUGCCACGGCAUACGCAAUCCAACCAGUGUGUUUUGCCUGGGCUACUCAAAUCCUCGUGCGUGAAAACGACGACGCCUCGCGUGCCGUCAUCUUAUACUCCAUGAAUGGCGCCUCUUCUGUCUUAUUCUCAUUCUGGGGAAUUGUUCUCUACCCCGCUACAGAUGCUAAGAAAGGUUUCCACAGAGGUACCAUUGCGAUGGUGUGCAUUGCCGUUCUUCUGAUUCUAUGGAUCGGUAUUGUAUGGAUGCAAGAUAAGCGGACGGUCGCUAUGAUUGAGUCCCAGAACCCGGAUAAUGAGGAGAAGCUAGAGGAUAUAGGGAUGCAAGAUAUAACUAUACCUACCAAGGAGUAA